AGCAGCAGACCGGGUUUUGGCCAGUGAGUGAAUCUUCGAGCAUCGUCCGAGACGCACGUUGUGUACGUGAUCUACGUUUGCGUCAUAUGUAAGUGAACUAAGGGCUGACCACAUAACGAAGUGAGCAACUAUGCGACGAAUUUCAGUGUGGGUCCUGUUGGGCCUUGCGCUGUUUACCCUUAGCACGGCGGGAUUACAGGUGCAAGCUGAAACGCCAUCCGAGUACGAAUGCAGACCAUACAUUGAGAAGGCAAUACAAGAUCUUAAGUCCGAAUCAGCGGAAGGUGCUGAUGAAAAUGCCAGUAUAGAGAAUACGAUCGAUGUGACGAGCCAGGAGGAGGAAGACAAUACGGCAGCGGAGGAGGUGAGCACCGAGGAAACGGACACGGCCGCGGACGAUGUUACGGAAGAGAUAACUCCCUCGGAAGAGGUACAGGAGCAGCUGUUCGCGGACAAGGCGGAUGAUGAAGCGACCGAAUCGGAACAAGCGGCUGAUGGAGAGUCGGAAAAUGUAGAAGCCUCGGAAGAGGCGGACCAAGAGCAGGAGGAGGAUGAUGAGGAGGAAGCACUGACUGAGGAAGAAACUCAGGAUGAGCAGGAAGAGGAUGCUACGGAAGAGAAUGUUCAAUCUGAGGAAGCUGAGCAGGCUGUGUCUGAGGAACAGGCUGAAGACACCGUUACCGAGUCAGAAGAGUUGACCUCCGAGGAAUCUGCUAACCAGGUGUUGCAAGACAGUGCCGAUGGCGAAGCCGAUGAUGAUGAUGAUGAAGAUGACGAUGAGAACGAAGAUGUAGCUACGGAAGAAGUUACUCAAUCUACUGAGGAAACUACCGAGAGCCAGGAAGAGGAAUCGGACACUGCUGACGACGAUGAUGACGAGAAGGAGCAGGAUGAUGAGGAUGAUGAAGACGAGACGCCAGAAAAUGUAGGCGAUGAGAACAAAUCAGAAGAAACUAAUGAUGACAAUGACGAUGAUGAUGAGGAUGAUGAAGAAGAAAAUGAACAAGAACAAAACAAGAGUGAAGACGAUGAGGAUGACGAUCUAGAAGAAGAAAAUGCGGUCAAAGGAUCAUAUGACGAUCGUGAGCAGGAAGAUAGUGAAGAUCCUUCUGCAGAGGCACCUGCAUCAGAGGAAGUUAGUGAAAAUGACGAUGACGUAGCGGACAGUUCCGAAGACGUCAGUCAGACUGAGAGUGAAGAUUUGGAAGGAAACACAAACUCCGAGGAACAGGAAACCGCCACAGAGAAUAGUGAAGAGGAUGAAGAGGAAACGUUGACUGAGGGUACUGCCGAUAGUGGGGAGGAAGCUGAACCGACUAGUGGGGAGGACGCUGAAGAUGCUGCCGAUAGUGAAAAUUUGAGCGAAGAAACGGAACGUGAGACAGUGGAAAGCACUACAGCAACAAGCGAGGAGGCUGAUGAGGCUGCUUCACCUGAAGCUAAUGAGCAAUCCGAAGAGCAAGUGGUCGAUAGUCAAGAAGACGAAUCCGCUCCACAGGAAGAAGCAUCCACGGAAGAACCAGCAGAAGAGAGCAGCGAAGAUGCCACCACUGUAGAGGAUGUAGACACAGCCUCGCAGGAACAGGAAGAACAAAGUGCCGAAGAGCCAUCCGAACCCGUUGCCGAGGAAAGUGCUGAGGAAGUUGUCUCAGUAUCUGCCGAAGAGGAGCCAGCAACUGCCGAGGAAGAAAGCGCCGAGGAAGCCGCCGUGAAGCAGGACUCGACAGAAACGUUGGCAUCGGAAGCGGGAGAAGAAAGUGUUGAGCAAGCUUCGGAAGAAACCGAAACCGCAGCAACGGAAGAAUCCUUCCCAGAGGAAGAUCUGCUCUUGGAGUACCAAAUUCCAUCGAACCUUAGAGAUACUACGCACAUCUACGAACUGCUGAACAUCAACGACGACGCAUCCGCCCGGGAGAAGGCCCUGCAAGAAACGGCCGACGUGAUCUUGCGCGAUCUGAAACGCAUCUACGACAAUUCGAUCAAACCUCUCGAAACAUUGUACAAGUACCGCGAUCUCAGCAAUCGCCACUUUGGUGAUCCGGAGAUAUUCUCGAAACCGCUCGUACUGUUCAUGGGCCCGUGGAGCGGUGGCAAAUCAACCAUUUUGAACUAUCUGACACACAAUGAGUACACGCCCAACUCUGUGCGGACAGGUGCUGAACCGUCGCCCGCAUACUUUAACAUUUUAAUGCACGGUGACGAGCCGGAGGUUUUGGACGGUACCCAGCUGGCCGCCGAUUGGACUUUCUCGGGAUUGCAAAAGUUUGGACAGGGUCUGCUUGACCGUCUGCGUGGUCAGAAGCUGCCCAACCAGCUGCUAGAAAGGGUUAACAUUGUGGAAAUUCCAGGCAUUCUGGAGGUCCGGAAGCAGGUGUCCAAGUACUUCCCGUUCAACGAUGCCUGCCAGUGGUUUAUCGAUCGCGCUGACAUCAUCUUCUUGGUGUACGAUCCAUCCAAGCUGGACGUUGGACCAGAAACUGAAGCCAUCCUGGACCAGCUGAAGGGACGAGAAUAUCAGACACGAAUCCUGUUGAACAAAGCUGAUCAAGUGAAACCUGAGGAGCUGUUGCGUGUCCAGAGUGCCUUGAUCUGGAACAUUUCGCCGCUAAUGUCGUCGGCACAACCACCCGUCAUGUACACGGUGUCUCUGUGGUCCAAUCCGUUCGAGGUGGGAGCACCCGUCCGUCUGUUGCAAGCACAGGAACGAACUUUGCUGCUCGAUCUUGGCCAGGCUAUCGAUCGCCGUAUCGAGAACAAAAUUGCCAGUGCCCGUCGCUUUGCGGUUCGUGUUCGUAACCACGCCAAGAUGGUGGACUGUUACCUCACCACGUACUACAACCACAAGACGCUGUUCGGCAACAAGAAGCAGAUAUCCGAGAAAAUCAUUGCCAACCCACAGGACUAUCACAUCUACGAAGGGCUUUCGACGCUCACCAACAUCUCCCGGUACGAUCUGCCCGAUCCGGAAGUGUACCGCGAUUUCUUCCACCUGAAUCCGCUGUACGAGUUCAAGAAGCUGUCCGAAACGUGCACCUACUUCCGCGGCUGCCCGAUCAACAAGCUCGACGUUGCGAUCGCGUACGAGCUUCCCGAGCUGGUCGGCAAGUACAAGAAAAUGUCGGAAGCGGCACUUGCGAAGCUGGACGUGCUUACGCCAACAUCUGAUUUCGGCAAGGGGAAAUCGAAUAGUUGAGCGCAAGGGCACACGUUCUGUACGAUCGAGGAAAUUUGCAUUCAGUGCGUAAUGUUAAAGUAGUGUGUAGUACGGUAUAUUUAUUUAUCUUUUACGUUUCCCUAACGAAUCUUUUUAUCACUUCCUACCGUAUCGU